AUGGCGAAUUUUGACAACCUGAUGUCCUUUUCGUCCGACGAAGAAGACAACGUGGCCGUAAAUUCGGAAGUGUCUUGGCUCACAGUUUUGUCCUCAGAAUUUAGCGUCAGCGCUAGAGGCCGAUCUGGAACCGAAAGCACACGUUCGUUGUCGCCGAAUUUCUGUCCCUCAGACAGCCAUCCCGCUAGCGCUUGUGGAAACAACAGAGGGUACUUGGAAGACUACCAACGAGCGGUGAAAACAGAAACACGGUCUUCGCAAUCGAGCUUUCCCAGUAAUAGCCAACGCUUAAAUUGGGUUGAAUUUCCAAGUGAUAGUGAUGAAGGUCGUGACAGUCUGUUUAAUCAACAACGUCAAUUAAGGACAUCUCGUUCCUGGGACGAAUUAACGCCCCCUACGAGUCCAGUGAAAAAGCGUAAUAAUAUUCCCCAAUUUCCACAAGGUGGAUUUGCAAAUUAUCACAAGUCCUUCAGGCCACCAUCAGAGUUAUUGGAUCACGAAGGAACAGCUUCUUACAAUGGCUCAGGUGUAUUUAAAAACAAUAACAGCCCACCAUCUUACACCUCUAAUUUGUUUGUGACCUUGAAUAGUCAGCGUUAUGGAGUUCAGAAUACAAAUCAGUCUGUCAUAACCACUGCAUCUUCCAAUUCGAGCAGCGAACAUCCUUAUGGUUCUAUCACCCUAAAGCUCAAAGGAGAAUUAUCCACCAGAGGAAGCAGAGAGGAAGUUGGAGCAUCUCAAGAUUCUCUGUCAGAUGAACUUGUUUUUCCAGAAAAGGAUAAUGAGACUUCUGAGCAGCCAGCUAUUAAUUCUAGUAACAUAAGGCCUCUUAAAGUGCAACUUCCCCCUGAGGAGACCCCCAAAGGUCCUAAAGAAAAACUAAAGAAAACUGUUUCUCGUAGCAAAUCUGUUCCUCACCCUCGUCCACCUUUACCUACUCUCACCGACCAUCCUUUCUCAUCUUCAUUUCCCGACAAGAAAUCACCAGCUGCCUCAGAAUCCAGUAAACGUAAUUCAAAAUUCAUUUUCUAUGGGGAUGGAUUAUUUGAUGUGGCAAAAGAGCGAAAUGAAGAGGCUACUGCUUUCAGUGAAAUGAUGUCAAGACUCAGAUCAAACGUUCACUGGGAUGAUCAAACAAACCCUGGUCACGUGAUUAGUCCUACAAUACCUUAUGAUUAUGAAACAUUUCCUCACAACACAGAGGCAAAACUCGCCAUUUACACAGAGGGGCGGAAGGACACCCUCAAGUUUAUCUUCAGUGUUCACAGUCAAAUAAGCAGAGUAAUUGAACUGGCUUUGAGUUGUUUGUUGGACGACAGUAAACUGAUAAACUUCAGCGCUGCUUACUCCUACGUUCUCAAAGUCUGUGGGCGAUCUGAGUACCUUCAAGCAAAUAGUGUUUUGAUACAAUAUGGUUAUGUCCAGGAAUGCGUGAAAUUUGGACGAGAGGUGGAACUUGUGCUGCUUGAAAGUUGGCAAGUCUCAAGGCAGCUGGCCAGGACUGAAGACGACGACAUAGAUGACAGUGUUCCGCGGAACUACAAGGAAUUCUUUGAUUGCCCCGUCAGUACUGCAGUUUCUGAAUAUGGACUGACUGUGCUCUUGGAAGCAUUCAACGAUGAACUUGUCAAGCUUAAGGAAGAGACGACCAACCAAAUCAACCCACGAUUUGAGCCUAGUCGGGUAAUUCAAUCUGUGAAAGCAAUCUGCGCAACUCUUGCUUCCUUGGAGACCAAACAAGUGAUUAAUUCAGUUCAAAACUUGAGAGGACUACAGAGUGCUCAUGCACCAGGAAGAGAAGUCCCUGACGAGGCAGUGUUUUAUGACGCCGUAAAAAAGCUACAGGCAGCCGUUUUGCUUCUGAUUGAGACUUACUGUGACGCUUUCGAUACUGAUUUUGUACCGACCAGGGCUGAAAGACCAAAACUGGCGGGAUCUGUUGAAGUCACCGCCAUGACAGACAACUUUGGUGUGCACGUGGCUUUCGCUAACAGACUGCCUUUACAUUGGAAUCAGGACUUUGAUCGCUUCGAAGUACAGUGCGGUGUUUACUACGGAGGGCGCUUGUCUUGUCCUGUUGAAGUAACGCAACAACGUCAAAUCACUAGAUAUUUCUUUAAUCAGCUGCGAUGGGAUGAGUGGCUUCAAUUCAAGAUCCAAGUGCGUCAGCUACCGCGAGAGUCCCGUCUCUGUCUCACCCUUUAUGGAAUUGCCGUAACCGGUAAGGGCAACUCUCUGAACACCACCAGGACCCCACUUGGAUGGGUGGCAAUUCCCCUCUUCGACUUCAAAGGCGUGUUGGUUUCAGGCACGCAUCUUCUUGGAUUGUGGCCCGACGACGUUGCAAACCCUGUGGGAAGUUGUACGUCUAAUCUUCUCCAUCCCUCGAGCGUUAUGCUACAGGUCGAAUUUGAGCCUUAUUUGGCUGACAUUGUGUUUCCGGAUUUCGAGACCAAUGGCUGGUUGGCUUACGAUGAAACUGAUCGCUGUGAAGCUCAAGCCAGGAAUGCCGACGUGUACAAGCCCAUUUUGGAAAAAGACCUGUUCAACGAGCUUAAGCCGGAAGAGAGCGAACUUUUGUGGGAGCACCGCUAUUACUGUAAGUCAGUGCCAAAAGCGUUACCUCUCAUUCUUUCUGCAGCACCGUCAUGGGAGUACCAAUAUCUUCCAGUGAUCUACAGCUUAUUAGCUUCCUGGGCGCCUCUAAAGCCGGUGGACGCAAUGGAACUGCUCAAAGUCAGCUUCCCUGACACCUGUGUGCGAGCUACAGCUGUUGAUUGGAUGGAGGCACUUGUUGAUGACGAACUUUGCGAUUACCUUCCACAGCUUGUCCAGGCAUUAAAGUAUGAAAUAUAUCAUGACUCUGCCUUGGUUCAAUUCCUCGUUCGCCGUGCUCUCGCCAGCGUUCGCGUCAUGCACUACCUGUUCUGGUACUUGAAAGAUAACAUCAGCGAUCCUCAGUUCGGUCAACGCUUUCAAAUCAUUCUCGGUGGCCUCCUGAGUAUCUGUGGCAAUGCGCAGAGAACUGAGUUUACCAAACAAGACGAGAUCGUCCAUGACCUUAUCCAUGUGGCGCAGCACGUCAAAAGCGCUAAAGAUUCUUUGAGGACGAACAUUCUUCAGCAAGAGUUAGCUGUGGUUGCUGCGAACAUGUUCACAAGCGUAAGACUUCCCAUAAGCCCAAGCUAUGAGGUCAAAGUCAUCGACGUUAAGGGCUGCGGCUACUUCACCUCCAACUCCGCUCCUCUGAAACUCAUUUUCAAGAACUCAGACCCAUUUGGCGAAGACGUACACGCCAUGUUCAAAAUCGGCGACGACAUGAGACAAGACAGGCUUAUUAUGCAACUGGUUGGUAUCAUGAACAAGAUCUGGUUACGAGAGGGAAUCGACUUAAAAAUGAUCACCUACAAGUGCAUAGCAACUGGAAUCGGCAUGGGAAUGGUGGAAAUUGUUAAGGAGUCAGUAACACUUCGAGAGAUCCACACUGAGUUGGGCUUAACAGGGUCUUUCAAGGACGAGCCAAUCGCGAGAUGGAUCCAGAAGUACAAUCCAGGUGAAGAAAGCUACCACCAAGCGGUUGAGAAUUUCACAGCCUCCUGUGCUGGCUACUGUGUUGCCACGUACGUCCUCGGAAUCUGCGAUCGUCACAACGAUAACAUAAUGAUCAAGAGAAGCGGCCACCUUUUUCACAUCGAUUUUGCUAAAAUACUUGGCAAUGCACAAAUGUUCGGAUCAUUUCGCCGCGAUCGGGCUCCUUUCGUACUGACUUCGGACAUGGCUUUCGUCAUAAACGAUGGUUACGAACCGAGUAGCCGUUUUCAGGACUUUAUUGACCUUUGUUGUAGGGCGUUCAACGUCAUCCGGCGCCAUUCCAACUUGUUACUUAACCUGCUGUCGCUGAUGCUUAAUUCCGGAAUUUCUUGUUUAAGUAAAGUUUCUGAUUUAAGCUACAUUCGGGAUUCGUUGCUCCCAGACUCAUCCGAAGCAGAAGCCACAACCGUGUUUACUCGCCUCAUAGAGUCCAGUCUCUCCUCGUGGUUUACUCAGGUGAACUUUUUCAUUCAUAACGUGGCACAGAUUCGAGAUGUUGGCCAACUAAGAAUUUCAUCGCCUGCCAAUUCCGUAGCAAGCUCAAUUCUUUCGUUUGCUCGUGGUACAUACUCAAUCCAAUCGGACGGUUUGAUUGACUCUGCGCGUGUCGUGGAUUUUCACAAACGCUACAGUCCUGAAAAAUAUUACAUCUAUGUUUUGAACGUUUGCCGCGUUGACGUCCAAGAACCGUCGUUCGUGUUUCGUCGAUUCAGUCACUUUCAUGAGCUGAACGCAAAACUCACCGAAGAAUUUCCGCAAAGGAACUUUCCGAGGCUUCCGAGCAAGAUCUACCUUGGUCGUUCCCAGAUCCGAGUAGUUGCCGAGCGGAGGAGAAACGAACUCGACGACUAUAUCCGACACUUGCUAAUGAUGCCGCCUGAAAUCUCCGAGUCUGAGCUUCUGUACACCUUUCUUCAUCCCUCACAGCAGGACCACUUAGAAGCUAGCAAGUUCUCCAUGCGCUUACUCCCCGAAGAGAAACGAAACCGAGAGCGAGCAAUCGGUGGUAAAGUGAAGUUGUUGAUUCGACACGAACACGAAACACUUCGCGUGAUGGUUAUGCAUGCAAAGGAGUUGUCCCCGAGGAAUCAAACGAAUUUGGCGGAUCCGUAUGUCAAACUGUACCUCUUGCCAGAUCCCAUUAAGGCCACGAAGCUCAAGACGAGGAUUGCGCGAAGGACCCUUAAUCCGACGUACAACGAAACCUUGUGUUACAGCAUAUCGGAGCGUGAGGCACGACAACGUCUCCUUCAGGUUACCGUGCUAGAUCAUGAUUACGUUGGUGAAAACGAAUUUCUUGGCGGAGUACUGAUGGAUCUUUCACAAGCUGAGCUCAAGAAAUCAGUGGCCCGUUGGUACACUCUAACAGACAUCAGAAAACCGCAGUGAAUAAGGCGCAUGAGCGAAUUUCAUCGUCCUGAAAUUAACGUUUUCAUAUAUUUGCAGCAGAAGGAACCAAUCCUGCAAUCCUUCAGUUGGAGCUCGUUAAGGCUCUUCUCCUGGAGAUAAAUGGACCUCCCCAGCCAAUAGGAAAGAAGUGCGUGGCUUUUUCCUCUUAUUUGAGAAUUGCAUCAUGGAAAGCAAAUAUGUGAGGUAUGCCGCGUAUUCAAUACUUGGCCAAGAACAAUUGAAAAUAGGUUAUCUCGUAACCAAGAGAGACUGCCCAAUUAUAUACUCUGUUGUGGUGACUUACGACCUUACCACUCUAUGAUGAGUUGGUUGACUUCUUAUAUUAUCUUGUAGAAUUUUUUAUUAAUUAGUAUGUAGUAGUCAAUUCUCGUUGGAAUUAUAAUUUCAAUCUGAGUAUCAGAUUUUGCGUUAAACGCAGUACAAAGAAACGAGUUUUAGAGUUAGAAGAAAUGGAUUCAUUUUCAGGAUAGCAUCUUUCGAUUUAAAGAAGGUUUCGGUCUAGUUCGACGUAGUUUUUAUUUCACUUUUAACCUGUGUACAGUCGACUUCUUCCCCACAUCUAGUGAACAGGAUUUCCUGAUGGAGAUUCGUUAAAAAAAAGCCCCAUCGAAAGCGAGACACCUUAAUUUUCUCCUUAUUUUCGCCCUGUCUGUUCACAGACUACUCCCCGUAAAAGAAACUAAGGGGACGAAGAGUCUGUACACGGGCUACAGUGUUUUAAUUAAAGAAAUUUUCGAAUCCAUAACAGAGAGGUAAAGCACCACGUUUACGACUGCUUCCCGUUCACCGUCAAUAACCUAUUUUCUAACUGCAGCUUUACUUUGGUCACUAGAAUUGCUUGGAAAAUAAAUACUCUUUUGGGACGGGGGCUAGGGGGGACUUAAGCGUGGUGCAUAUUGUUUAACAACAGAAUCGUGGACUAAAAUCUGUACUUAGAUAACAUUAAUUCCCAAUUUACUGUGUAAGAUGCCUUUCAAAGAUUCAACGAUACUUAAAAAGUGAUGAAAAGUUAUUUAUUUGUCCGCGUGUCACAUUUUUCAGGCGCUUUUUUUCUUGCCUUUCCGCAUCUUAAGGGAAGAGUGUAUAAUUUGUGCGCUUACUGCGAACUAAGCUAUACGUAGACGUUACUUUACACAGUUACACCAAGAGAGAAUAAUGGCCCAGAGAGGGAAUCGCCCAGAUAUGUGAAUUUCACCAAAGUUAUUUUUAGACCAAUUAAACGCUUGAGAUCAAUGGGACGUUAUUUUCCAGAGAGGCCCGCAAACUUUUAUUCACUGUCGUCAAGAGAGAAUUAAACAGUCUCCACCACAAUGUUCUGCAUUGUUUGCUUUGAGCCGGGCAGUCGCUCAUUGACUUGAUGAAGUUUCAAACAAUAAAAUUUUUGAUUAAAAUGUGCAAAUGUCCCUGUAAUUAGACUUCCGUUUAAUUAUACAACCUCUAAAAAUAACUUUAGUGAAAUUCACAUUUCCCGGCCAAAGCCCUUGAUUCCCUCUUUGUCAAAAGUUUCUACUUAUGUUUUAUUAAGUGUGCAAUUUGCAGGCACAAUUUCCCUAAGGAUUUGUGCCCAGCGAAAACAAUUAUGGCAUGAAUUAACCAAUCUUACCAAGGGCAAAGGGCUCCGCGAAACGUUAGCGUUCGGAUCUCUUUGGUGUGGCAAAUUUCACCCUCCCUCUCCUCCCUACUCAUCACCACAAUUUUUGAUCAUUUGAAACAAGCUCCUUAAUUUCUUUUAAGUACUUUACACGAGUUCCACAUUGGCGUGCCCUGUUAAAUUCAAUCUAUUUAAGUGGCCAUAUGUACUCAAAAAAAGUUUUGACUUGAGAAUGGGUGACCAGUUCACGCAAAUUCCGAAAUUCGAUGUCUGCAAAAAAAAAAAAAACAAUUUGCAGACAGGGAUUGAAAUAAGCGUUGGUUAUUCUUAAAGAAGAGUCCCUCUCUUGUGAUAAAUCGAAUUUAAUUUUAAGAGAGUUAUACAAAGGACGAUAAGAAAUUCACUAUAGUUGUAAUCAUCAUCGAGACCCACAGGGGCGCAGUUAAUCAGG